GAUGUUCGUUGCUUUAUCACUCCUGAGCAUCCGGAUACAAUGACAAGCACGCCGGAUUCGUCGGCCUCAGGCCCUCCCGCUGUGAAACCGAGGCGCUCCCACACAAAGACGCGCACGGGAUGCGCUGUGUGUAAGCGGAGGAAGAUCAAAUGCGGCGAGGAGAAACCCUACUGCAGAAACUGUCUCAAGCGAGGCGAGACUUGUCGGUUUACGGAUCUGCCCCUGGUGUUUAACCCUCCAGCCGCCCCGCCUUCGCCGAAUCCCAACAUGGUCGAUCUCGAGUUGCUACAUCACUUCACUACUUCUACUUACGCAACACUCACCGACAAUGCCUUGAUUAGAGACUUGUGGCGAAUCCGUAUAGUCAAGCUCUGCUUCUCAUGCGACUAUGCCAUGCUUGCACUCCUGUCCGUCUCCGCUCUCCACUUGGAACGAUUUUGCCCAGAGCGGAGAGAUUUCCUUCGCGAUACAGCAUUAAUAUACCAUGAGAAUGCGUCAAGGAUAGCUACGGCGUUGAUGGACAAUCUCGAUGAGAAGAAUUGUGACGGCUUGUUUGCCUUUUCUGUUCUGACCGUUUAUUUUGGAUUUGCAGGUCCUCGUGGAACCGAUUCUUGGUGCCCUCCACCAUGGAUGGUGUUGAUUCGGGGGUGCAGAGGUUUUAUCACGACUUUUCAAGCUCAAGUCUCCCAGGGCCUCUUUUCGCCGAUGAUGAUGCAUAGUAGGCAACGCCUUGCAGCCAGAGAGCAAACAGUUCAUGUGGAUUAUUUGCAACAUCUCCAACUCUUACUGGAUCAGUCAGUUAUGGAUCCAGAGCGCCGAUCAAUCUACAACUCCGCAACUGAAGUAUUAAACGAGAGCUUUGGUAUGUUUUAUGAGGAUCCGUACCAGCAAGAUUUGGUGGACAUCUUCUACUGGAUACUUAUAGCUGAAGAUGUCAUCCCACUACUUGCAAACGAGGAACAAGAGGCACUUGUAUUAUUGGCCUACUUCUGUGUUCUUCUCCAUCGGAUUCCAAACCGAUGGUGGAUUGAUGGUUGGGUGGAGUACUUGAUGACUGGAAUAUAUGGGGCAUUGGAUGAGGAACACCGAGGAUGGAUUAUCUGGCCGAUAGAAGAAUUAGGUUGGGUUCCAAGCCUGUGAUCUGGAUAUCUUCUGGGGGGAUAGUGGUGUUAAAAGAGUAUAUGUUAUCUGUCCAUUGAUAGCAAAGUUGCUCUACGCGGGGAGUGUUAUCC